GAGAGAGAAAACAGCCCGGCUCAAACGUGACUAGGCAGUUAAGUGGCUGUUAUGCAACGACCGACCUACUAACACAUAUCCCCAUAGUUCCUGGCAAUGAGAGAGGAAAGGUACAACAUAGCAGCCAGAGCAAAGGAUACAAACUCAGCCAAGAUACAAGUUGCUCCAAGAUCCACACAGGAAAGCAAAAUACCUCUAUAUUCCUAAAUAUAUAGAGCAAGAGAUCAAUUUGUGUGUGUUAUAUCUGGCAAAGGAGCAGUGCACAGUUUGGAUGCUUUGUGUAAAGUCUUAGCAGAAGGGCUGAUUGGAGGGCCGUGGCGUCAUUGGGAAAUGGAUGGAAACAUGGUUCUCCAAACGGAGCUUUAGGAGCAGCAGGAGGGUGACCCCGAGGUAUCAUCCAGGAAUGGAAUCCGGUUACUACUCUGAGUUGGAGAGCCUGGCCUCAGCUCCUCUCUGCCUCUCAGAGACCCUCGCCCCGUACAGUGAGGGGUUAGCCCCGAGGAACAGGAUUGGGAAGGGCCGAAGCACCAGCUCGGGCCGGAGGAAGCGGGAGUUCAUCUCCGACGAGAAGAAAGACGCCACCUACUGGGAGAAGAGGCGGAAGAACAACGAGGCCGCCAAGCGCUCGCGGGAGAAGAGGAGGAUCAGCGACAUGGUCUUGGAGAACCGAGUGCUGGCGCUCAACGAGGAGAAUGUCAGGCUCAAGUCGGAGCUGUUGGCCCUGAAGCUGAGGUUUGGCCUCAUAACCACCGCCACCUACGCGGUCAAGAGCCAACAGCUGGCCGGAGCCUCCAGGAGCUCUUAUUACAGCGCUUACCCCAAUGGCGGCCUCCUCAACUCUGACUCCUCAGAGCCCGAGCACUCGAGCCGAGGGAGCGGGCUCAUGGCCGGCAGCAAGUACUCGCCCCGGGGCUCUCUCUCGGAUGUUUCCGACGGGUCGUCGAGCACCAGCGACAGCCCGGAACCCGUGGUGCCCCGAGACGUCAAGGCCUUGGCGGACCAGGAGCUGACGAAGGAGGCCGGGGCGGGGAAGGCCGGCUGCGGUGACAUCGAGUUCAUCGGUUACCAAGACCCCGGGAGGCGUAACCCGGGGCCCGGGGACGUCAGGCAGUGUGGGCCACAAGGGGGCGCGGGACACCCUCAGACCCAUCCGACCGGACUGGAGGAUCUUUCCUCUUCUUCUGCUGUGCCUCAGCCUAAUCCAGUAGGCCGCAGGGCGGCUUACGCACAGCCGACAGGACACAGCGCCCCAGUGAGGCUGCUCGCCGUUGGUGGGCUAAGUGAAGCAUUUUCUUCGCACGGGCUCAACCAGCUGCAUGCUGUUGACUGCUCAGUCUCCAGGGCCCACAGGGUCAAAGGUCACAUUGUCUCCAGGCGGCCUGCUGUUGACGUGAAUGAGAAGGCUGCUGCCGGGCACGCAGUCGCUGAGGCGUUGGGAAGGCCAGAGCAGGCACCGCCCUGGCAGUCCCCAAGCGAGAGUGAGGAGCUCGAAGAAGCUGGUGCCCACCCUCAGGACGAGCUCCCUCCACCCUCAGCCCCAUGCGGUUUUCCAGCCGCCAAGCAGGAGGAGCGUCCCUUUGCCCCGUGCCCUGUCAUCGAAGCUCUGCGGGUGUCCCACCGAGGGGCGACGGCACGCCCUGGUGUUCCCGUGGCAAUGGCAGCCGACUGCGGCCUUCCCGACAGCGAGGGCCAAGGCCUGGUGUGCAGCUCCCAGUCCCCGGAGCUCAGAGCCACGGCCCUCCCCCACAAACUGCGCCUCAAAAUCCGGACCACAUCCGUCGGCGAGCGGACUGCCAAAAGCCCAAGCCGCCCGCGGCGACCCAGCUUCCCGCCUCACGGAGACACCCCGCUUGGUGGGGGAUGCACGGCAGUGGGGGGCGGAGCUGAGCUCUGGAGCGAAUCCGGGAUUCUGGACGUGAACGCGCUGAGGCACCCGCCACUCAAUGACCCGGAGCGGUACGGAAUUCCCAAUGGGACUAGCGGGUGUCACAAGUACCUCAGCACGCCGGCUGGCCUGAGCUUCCAGGCUGUGAACGCGGCCUACUUCCAGGCUCUGGGACAGAACGCCGUGCAGGCCGCAGACGCGCUCUCACUGCACGAGAGGAACGGUUUGGUCAGUCCCACUGAGGGGUGAGGGGGCACCGGCAGCCGCGGUGACGCGGAACACGGACGACACGCGCUCCAGACGGUCUCAAACUGAGCAAGGGCUGUUCCCCCUCCACCCCACCAUCGCCACUGAGUGGCUUCCAGAAGAUGGGGGCUCCUCCUCCGGUUGUCCCCUGUUCCUUCAGCGUGUCAGGGACUCGUACAGCGUUGACCAGGUUGUUAAGUUCGGCUGAGGAAGUCCUGAGGUGUGAGGCAGCAGGUCGCCCAGCCUGGUCUCUCUCAGUGGGGAAAGAUCUAGAACCAAAAUGAACGCAGUUCUGUGUGACGUGACUUCGGGUCGGAGACCUUGCUGUCCUUAGAACCAACUGUGCCAUGCUGUUUGCCCACCUCACCUCAGUGUGGCCCAGUUGGUGGCACCCCGCCUAUGGGUUGGAAGCGAUUCCUUGCUUGUCGUUUCCUCUGAGUGGAAAUCAGGAGUCCUUUUCCAGUCUCUGUGCAUUGCCCUGUCUCCAUGAGUUCCUCAAAAGGGUGCACUUGCAUUGAGUUCAACCUUUUCCCCACAGUGUCAGUCAAUACUGAACUCAAAGGGACAUCAAGGUGGCAUUAAAAAGAAUGGCCAGGAACACUGAGCAGGGCAGACUCUGUGUGAGAGAGAGAGAGAGAGAGAGAGAGAGAGAAAGAGAGAUGUGUUCCUAUUUCAGACAAAGUCACACAUCACCAGGUUUAUUCAAAGUCACAAGCUUUCGGAGCGCUGCUCCUUCAUCAGGGGACGAAAGCUUGUGAUUUCAAAUCAAUCUGUUGGACUAUAACCUGGUGCCGUGCGGUUUCUCACUGUGUCCGCCCUAGUCCAACAGCAGGACCCACAACGUAUUUCAGAACUUUUGAGAUCUUUUCGAGCUCCCCAGAACCACAGGUUUGGAAAUUCCACCUGCAUUCUGACCACCGGGCGAGGCGUUCCCCAAAUCAUCACGGAAUUCCAGAAUAGCUAAUGUUGUGCCAGGGGUCCAUUCAGCCCAUCGGGGUGGGUCUCUGCAGCAGCGACUCGCCUGCUCCCCCCAUUCCUCAACCUCCUACCUAGCUUUUUCCUUCAGACACUGACCUAAGCCCCUCUCUCUCUCUCUCUCUCUCUCUCUCUCUCUCUCUCUCUCGCAAACAAUGGGUCGAAUCUACCAUCACCACAUUCGGCAGGCAGUGUAUUCCAAAUCCCAGCUUCCCGACGCAAAAUGCCUAUCCUCAGGUCGCCAGGGGCACAUUUUGACAGUCACUCCAACCCCCCACCCAACCCCUACUUCCUGAUCCUUUCUCCAGCUGGUGGCUCACGCUGUCUCCUCUGCCCAGAAGCCCUCAUGUCACCCUGCUAUCAGAUUUCCCCUCAGCCCAUCCACUGGAUGGGAGCUGUAUUCCACCCUGGCAUUAUGAGUCUGACACGAGGCACCUUGGGCGAGUUAUCACGAGAACUAUCGUGAAUUGAGACGAUUAUAGGAGGAAUGGAGAACGCCCAAACUUUGUCUGAGUUCCGUCUAUGUUGGGGUUGCACCUGUAGCCAUGUGACAGGUCAUGUGUGCCUGUCUCAGGAUAGGCAGCACAUUGAUGGGCAGCUAUCAGUCAUCCCUUGACAUCUUGUAAGAAUGAAAAAGCACUGACCACUUGUCCAAAUAUCCAGGUCUCCCUGACAGCUGUUUUCCAGUUGCAAUAGGGAAGGUCUUUUUAUCAGAGGGUGGGGGAGUCCACAAUGAGAGGGUGUAGAUUCAGGGUGAGAGGGGAAAGAUAUAAAAGGGACCUAAGGGGCAACUUUUUCACACAGAGGGUGGUACAUGUAUGGAACGAGCUGCUGGAGGAAGUGGUGGAGGCUGGUACAAUUACAGCAUUUAAAAGGUAUCUAUAUGGGUACAUGAAUAGAAAGGGUUCAGAGGCAAGUGGGACUAGAUUAAUUUAGGAUAUCUGGCCGGCAUGGUCAAGUUGGACCGAAGGGUCUGUUUCUGUGCUGAAUUAGAGUGGUGCUGGAAAAGCACAGGAGGUCGGGCAGCAUCCGAGGAGCAGGAGAAUCGAAAAGCCCUUCAUAAAGAGCGAAUGGCCCGAUUCUCCUGCUCCUCGGAUGCUGCCUGACCUGCUGCGCUUUUCCAGCACCACUCUGACCUAGACUCUAAUCUCCAGCAUCUGCAGUCCUCACGUUCGCCCCUGUGCAGUAUGCCUCUAUACAGGGAAAAUGACAAAGGGGGAACAAUUUUAAUUGUUCAGAUGCAAAAACUGGGCCAACAAAUUAUUUUAUUUGGACCCUGAGUUUCUUCUGGGAUAUUUCGGUUGUUCGGGAAGAUAAUGCAGAGGAAUUGGUUUUGAAUCAAUUUAGAAAUGGGAUAAAAGUUUUAGGUUCCCACUAAAAGACUCAAAUGUAAUGUUAUUUAAGACCACAGAUGGUUAGAAACAGGAACAGAAGGAAGAUGCUGGAACCCAGAUUCUGGAUCAGUGAUGCUGGAAGAGCACAGCAGUUCAGGCAGCAUCCAACGAGCAGCGAAAUCGACGUUUCAGGCAAAAGCCCUUCAUCAGGAACAGAAGCAGGCUAUUCAGCCCCUCGAGCCUGCUGUCCCAUUCAACAGGAUGUUGGCUGAUCCGACAUUCCUCACAUCCACUUUCCUGCUCACUCCCGGUAAUCCUUGACUCCCUGACCAUCCCGGUCACAAGGACACUUCCCGCACAGCUCUCAGCCACAAGGAGUUCCAGAGACUCACAAACCACUGAGGGAAAAAAAAUCCUCCUCAUCUGACCCUUCAUUGUUCUGGGACUGUGCCCUCUGGUUCUAGACUCUCCCAUGAGGGGCUACCAUCCUCUCAGCAUUGACCCUGUCCAGCCCCUUCAGAAUCCUGCCUGUCUCAGACAGACCCUUCCAAUGCAAUGACAGUUGACCCCAUUGCUGUUAGGAUUAUAGCAGCGCUGAGAAAGCACAGCAGGUCAGGCAGCAUCCGAGGAGCAGAAGUAUCAACAUUUCGGGCAAAAGACCUUCUCUUGCCAUUUUGGUAGAACGUGGUGCCCGUCUGCAUCUGGUGCCAGGCUGGGUGAGGGGUGUUGUCAGUGCAGUGCACUCACUACGGGGUGCUGUGUGAGAGCAGCGUGCAGUCUGUUCAAACAGAUACCAACGGUAGCGGAGGGGUUUCUCUCUCUCUCUCUCUUUCUCUCACCCAGUCUCCGAGCCCAUUGCUCUGUUGCUGUGUCAUUGGGGGUUGACCCCAGCACCAGCCCUGUCUCUUAACCUCUGUAAGACAAUCUCAAAUGCAAGUGAGGUUCAAACCCAACUGCCCCGGGGCAGGGAGCUAGGCCGUGAAGGAGGUUCGACCUGGUCAGCCUGAGGGGGUAGUGGCUCUCUGAAUAAGUGUGCACUUUGUAUGAAUCACGUUGUGUGGUAAAUAUUGACACUGUUAUGUAUUUAUGAAGGAGACAAAUGUCCAGAUAUUUCAUGUCUUGUGUCAAUUGUAAAGCUGUUCCUUUCUAUCAGAAUCUCGACGAUGAA